CGUUUUUAGUAGACGAGGUUUUCAGAAAAUGGUGGGCCGUGUUUUUGGUUGUACUAUGGUUUUGGGUAACCGGGGAGUGUCUCCAGUCCACAACAGACACACAAUGGAUAGACGGACAGGAUUGAUACAUUAUUACCACUGCUUGGUCGGCCUUUUGAUACUGUCGCUCGUAGGCAAUUGAUAACAUGUUUUUUAGUGACUGUAAAAUCAUCUUGCAAUUGCUGUGUGUCUUCAGUGGCCAAUGUUGCUAUCGUUGUUAGUUAGCUUUGCUAACAGCAGUGAUAUUGUUUAGCAGAAAUCUCUAGCUGGCUAGCCUACCCCCCCACGUUAGCGAGCAGUAACACCUGCGGGAAAACUGUUUUUAUACUCCGAGAUAGACGCCUUUCAAAGAAUAUGGAAACCUCUUUUGAUGUAAACCAUCUUUUCCCUGAAACGAUUACAGUUUUGGACCAAAACCUAAUUGCAAGUGGAAAAUCGCUGGGAAGGUCAGAUCCCCAACCCCAAAUUGCAGCAGUCAUUGAUGAACUUGGAAGAGCCUCAGCCAAGGCCCAAUACUUGACAGCCCCAAUCACAAGUGCAUCCAAGCUGCAGACCAACAAGCACCAUCUCUACCUGCUUAAGGACGGAGAAAGCAAUGGAGGAAGAGGACUUGUGGUGGGGUUUCUGAAGGUUGGCUAUAAGAAGUUAUUUCUGCUUGACCAGCAGGGGGCGCAUGUCGAGACAGAGCCUCUGUGUGUCUUGGAUUUCUUUGUGAAAGAGAACCUUCAGAGGCACGGUUACGGACUAGAGCUGUUUAGCUUCAUGCUGCAGCACAAAAAGGUAGAGCCGGUGAUGAUGGCUUACGACAGGCCCUCCCCUAAGUUCCUCUCUUUCCUGGAGAAGCAUUACUGUCUGAAAAACAGUGUACCUCAGGUCAAUAACUUUGUGGUGUUUGACGGUUUCUUCGCCAAAAAAUCAGGCUCGACUCCCUCUCCUCCGACGGAUCAGGGAAUGUAUGGCUUUUUCGGCCCAGUUGAGAAAGGUUCCCCCCAAAAAGCCGGACGGAGAGAUCAAGCCCUACUCACUAACGGAGAGAGAAGCUGUGCGAGAGGAGCAGAAGGCUCUUCCCUGGCCUUUGUGUCGCCACGCGGCUCCUCCCCUCUCUCCCCCAUUGUCGGUAUCCUCCCCUUGCUCCCCAAGCAGGGGCCGCCAGCGUCCCGAUCCGGCCCUGGCCCCGGCACCUGCCCCUGGGGCCAACAGGGGCCCGAACCCCCACCCUCCACUCAUCAACAGCCUCAACUGCAGGGCAAAGCGCACCAGCCAACAGGGCCUGGUUGCCAGGGGAAACCUCUACAGCCGCCACGUCAACACCCGGGGCUUUGGGCAGUUGUUGGAGACACAGCCGAACAUCUUCAGACUGCCAGGUUUGAGACCAGUGUUGAGAGACAGAGAGACUGACAUCGGAGGACAGAGAGAGCCACUGGGACACAGAGACAGGUUGGACAGCCAAGGAGUCCUAACUCACCCAUAGAAACACUAUUAGAAGGCUAUACAUCUCACAGAUGUGGGGUAGCUCUGGAUAAGAGCGUCUGCUAAAUGACUUAAAUGUAAAUGUAUGUUAAAUGGGUAGCAGGGUAGCCUAGUGGUUAGAGCGUUGGACAAGUAACCGGAAGGUUGCGAGUUCAAACCCCCGAUCUGACAAAGUACAAAUCUGUCGUUCUGCCCCUGAACAGGCAGUUGCCCCACUGUUCCUAGGCCCGUCAUUGAAAAUAAGAAUUUGUUCUUAACCGACUUGCCGAGUUAAAUAAAUAAAAUAAAUACAAAAAUAAAACAGACUGUACAUCAUAAAUGUAUGUAGUGGAUUGGAAAGGCAUUGAAUAGUGGGCGGAUACAGUAGUGGGCGGAUACAAUAGUGGGCGGAUACAAUAGUGGGCGGAUACAAAUGAAAGGUGUAUAAACCUGAAUUACAGAAGACCUGUGUUUUGACAAGGACCUUUUCUUUGUUCUCUGCGGCACACAAAUGAUUUAUCUUCCUUCUCUCUGUUUCUCUAUCACACUCAUCGCCUCCAUCAUCACCUCCAUCAUGCCUCUUCUUCAUCCCUCCAUUUCAACCAGGUCCAUGCCUGUAUACAGUGAGCUACAAAAAGUAUGGGGACAAUGACACAUCUGUUGUUUUGGCUCUGGACUCCAGCACUUUGAUAUGAUACAAUGACUAUGAGGUUAAAGUGCAGACUGUCAGCUUUAAUUUGAUGGUAUUUUCAUCCAUACCGGGCGGGGUGAACUGUUUAGAAAUUACACCACUUUUUGUACAUAGUCCCCCGAUUUUAGGGGACAAAAAGUAUUCGGAUUCAGUUGUGUAAUAAUGUGCAAAGUCACUGUCCCAAUCAUUUUGGACCUCACGUGUCUCUCCCACCUCUGCCCCCCGUCCAGGACGGAGCCGCCCCCGUCCAGGAAGGAGCCGCCCCGUUCCCAGACUAUCAUGAUGACCACCAGAGAACCAGACAGACAGGCCGAGACAGAGACCAAGGUGCUGGAAAAGGGGCUCCGGAAGGGGUUAGCAGGAGAGCCCUUUGC